AAGUAUUAAGGUAUCGUACCGACAAUGUUUUUUGUUCCAAAGUCCUGGGAAAAAAGUUUUAGCACCACCUAGUGGGACCUGAACGCACCAUUCUCGAUCGUGAAUACAGACGUUCGGAGAUAAAGUAGGAACUGGUUGCACAGUUGUGCAAAAGGAUACCAAACGCCAGGUGGCGGAUGGUAUUCGUAUGGUGGCACCGGUAUAGGUAAGAGAUGGCGGGAAUGGGUAAAACGACUGAGAAAGGACUUAUCAAAUUAACGGUCGAAAGCAAGAUAGACGUAGCGAGGGGCAACAGAACACCAUCGAAGUACCUUCGAACGUUCAGCAGUAUAUCGCUGGACGCCAUACUAGGCACGCGUGCUACCAUUACUCCAGUAAAAAUAUGUUAGAUCUAUGAUCCUCGCGAUUCGUUAUUGUACAAAGUAUCUCUUACAUAAGAAGUGGCAAGAAGUCUGAUCUCUGGCAGGGAUGUUUUGCCAUCGAUAACGAGACUUCUCAAAGGGAUCAAAAGAAACAGAAUGACGUCCGAGCGGUUUCACAAAGCUGCACGCGAUGGCGUCUUGGACAUCCUGAAAGAAGCAACAAAAAAGGAUUGUAACGCACGAGAUGAUGGAGGAAUGACCCCCACAUUAUGGGCAGCCUUUGAAGGUCAUAUAGAUGCUCUGAGACUGCUGGUCGCCAGAGGGGGAGACCCCGACAAAACCGAUUAUUUCGGUAACACAGCCCUACACCUAGCAGCGGCAAGGGGUCACGAAUAUUGUGUCCGGUUUCUCGUUAAAUUCGGCUGUAAUAUUUGGUCUCUAGACAUCGAUAGACAUUCGGCUAGAGAUUUAGCAGCUAUAAACGGAAGAGAGAUGACACUCCAAUUUUUAGAUUUCGUUCAGGCCGACCAAGAGCUGAACAAUCGUAAAAAAAGUCGAAUACUUCGGGAGAAGGCUGAGAAAGAUGCUGAGAAAAGAUUGAAAGAAUAUAUGAAGAAACAAAAGACCGCAGAAAUUAGAGCGGAGAAGGAACAAAAGAAGCUGUCAAAGGAUCGCACGAAAUUGGACCCAACUAUGGCAAACGAAGUCGGUAUUCUACCUCAGAAAUCAAGUAUAUUAACCUUCAAGGGUCGAUUAAAACCUUCGCCAACGUUUAGCGAUAUUGUCGGUACCACAGCGAAAAAACACGGCAGCGCAGUCUGUAGAAAAGCUUUAGCGAAAAAGGUCGUGGAUGACUUCAAGGUUGUAGAGGUAGAGGUGAAUGGAAAGAAAUCAAUCCGUAGCCUGACUGGUCUUCGCAGAGACUCAGAAAUAAUCUAUGUAGGAACGUACGAAACUCAAGCACAACAAAUAGGAAGGAGAGGAAGAAUCUCAGACGUUUGGGGUACUCUCAACAAAGCACAAAGUACACCUGAUCUUUUGGGCGACCGUAUUUUUGACGACGAUGACGAGCAAAAUGAUAACAGAGAAGAGAUAAACGGUAUAAGGGAGACAUUCUUGCAAGAACCUGCAAGUAUUUUCAAUAGACCCGGUUUUGGAUCAGUAGCUUUUCGAAGAGCGAUAACAACUACCUUCGACAAUAUGCCGGUCUCGCAAAUAGAGGCACAUGAACAAAACGGUAACUCUUGCGUGAAUGGCUCUGUAAAUGGAUCUGUAAAUGGUUAUAGAACCAGCUCGAAUGGGCACAACGAGGAAAUCAGUAUAGGAAGCGCAGGUAGCUUAGCUCGUAGGCAAAGUUUAUGGGAAGAUGACUUGCUUUCAGAAUCGUGCGUAAAAAUGAUUACAGAAGAAGAAACAGACGAGGAGUGGACACCAUUGCAAAGAUUCUUAGUUGCCAACAAUCUUUCGUCGAUACAUCCAAUUUUAGAAUCGGAACAAAUUGAUCUGGAAGCUUUAAUGUUGCUCACUGAAGCUGACCUCGCGGCUCUCAAGCUUCCGCUUGGGCCCAAAAGGAAAUUAAUGAAUGCAAUAGCGAACCGAAAAAGAGCAUUAGAUGCUCCUGAAAACGUUAUCAAAGAUAGUAAGCUGUAAACCUUCAAUUUAAAGGAAAAAGUAAUGUUAAUCUUGCCUGUUACAGUGCCUUAGGAACUAAUAAGAAGAAAUGGUUUAAGAAAAAUUUCUUGCCAUUUUACGUUUUUAAUAUAUAGAAUACUAUAUAAAGAAACAUCCUUCACUUCCGUAAAUCAUCGCCAUAAACAUGUAAAUCAUUAAUGUAAUACGUAAAAGGCGUGCUGAAAUAAUAAUCACCUCAUCGUGUAAAAUUUUAA